UGAAGUGUAAAAGGUCAAAGACAGGACCCUGUGGCACUACAUGUCCCAGAAGGCUGUUCUGUAAGAGCCAACCAAUCACAGAGCAGACAGACAGGCAGCAUGUCUGCACUGACCCUUCCUUCAGAGGUUUUUCUGUUUAAGUUUCACUUAGUUUUCCUCAGACUGGUGGACCUGGACCAGUCAAGCCUUCAGCUGGUCUAGGAUCAGACUGAGACAGGUGACGUUUUAUCACCUGUCUAACCCUGAGCAGGGAACUCAUCUAAAACCUGACGCUUCUUCUCAAACGUCUCUGACUGAAUAAACUAAGAGUUUUUAUGAAGAAACUGAGGUUCUUCAUGUUUUACCUCCAACAGACAGAAAAACUCAAUGGACCUUUCCCAGAACCUGAACCUGGGAUUUCUGAAGUUUGCAGGGUUGAGUAGGUGGAAAAGGUCUAGUUUGGGAUCAGAUCUGAGAAACUGUUACGUCUGAAGCGGGUCAGCCGGUUAUAUAACCAGAACUCAGUGGCUCCAGGCUCGGUCUUGGCUGGGACAACUGCAGCAGAGCGACUUAUCUCAUUAAGGAGUUAUUUUUGGUGAUUUGUUGAUUCUUCAAGAACCUAAGGGGGUUAAAGAGUCCUGACGUUCAUUUUGAGCCUCCAGAGUCCCAGCAUUCAGAACACAGUCCUGAGCAAAUCAGCCCCACAACUACAACCUUUUAGAACCUUUUCUUGGAUCUUUAUCCUGAAACUAGACGCUGCAGAGAAUCUUUACCGAACUCUGACUGAGAGGAAGUCGGCAGCUCGUGUCCGGCUGCUGAAAGCCUCUGGUCCUGCUCUUCUGGUCCUCCAGAAGCCAUGGGGAACCACGGCUCUAACUUGGAUGACAUCCUGGCUGAGGACAUGCACCACUGGUACAACAAGUUCAUGAGGGAGUCCCCGUCAGGCCUCAUCACGCUGUUCGAGCUGAAGGCCAUCCUCAACCUGAAGGGCAUCACUGAGAAUGCCAACAGCUACGUGGAGCAGGUCUUCUUCACCUUCGACAUGGACGGGGAUGGUUACAUCGACUUCGUAGAGUACAUCGCAGCCAUCAGCCUGCUGCUGAAAGGAGAAAUCAAUCAGAAGCUGAAGUGGUACUUCAAACUGUUCGACCAGGAUGGGAAUGGGAAGAUAGACAAAGACGAGCUGGAGACCAUCUUCACUGCCAUCCAGGACAUCACACGGAACAGAGACAUCGACCCUGAGGAGAUCGUGAUGCUCAUCUUUGAGAGGAUAGACGUGAACGGUGAAGGUGAGCUGACCCUGGAGGAGUUCAUCGAAGGAGCCAGAGAACACACAGACAUCAUGGACAUGUUGAAGAACCUGAUGGACCUAACGCCGGUUCUGGAGAUUAUAGUGAACGGCCGUCAGGCCAUCACCGAUGACUGACAGGAACACACACACACACACACACACAAACACACAAACACACACACACACACACACAAACAAACAAACCUUCUGGUCUCUUGAAACAACUGGACAAACAUGGGACUUCUGAUGGACUGCCGUCUGAUUGGUUGCUUCAGUUCUACAGCCACGAAGGUUUGAACAGAACCUGACUGGUCCAGGUCCAGGUCCAGGUCCAGGUCCCAGAACCAAGUCCUCAGUUUUAAUUUUUUCAUUCUGGAUCUUCAGAGCCGACCCGACUCAGUUUGAUUUUUUACAUUUCAGUUUUAUUUUGUGUAAAUGUGAACAAACAUCUGAAAUUAUUUAAAAAGUUUUAAUUCAAC